CAACCUGUCACACAGGAGAAAGAUCUCUCCACUCAUACUAAAGCUCAGACCAGACACCCCUCUACAGAUGGGAAGGACCAAACCAAUCAGCAUAACACACACGAUAGCAAUCACUCCACAGACACUAAGGAUCGAUCCAUGUACCCCCCUACACAAACCACCCAGCUUCCAACACACGUUAGGGAUCCCACCAAGAACCAGACCACAUACCAUAAAGAUCACUCCACCCACACUAAGGACCAAACCAAACAGCCCUCUCACCCUAGAUUCCCCCCUACCCAACAUAAAAACCAAACCAGUCACUCUACCACAGAUCAGAAGACCCCACAGCACCUGAACCAAACACACACACCGCCUGCACACCCCUCCACUCCACCUCCCUCCCACCCCAUCCCCGACAGGGCCCUGACCCCCCAGACCCCCCGGCCUGAGGGGGAGGAGUUUGUGGAUUAUGACCAGGCGAUUGGUCCUCCUCUGCUGGAGGCCAGCCCCCAUGCUCCUAAAGAACCUCAGUCCACAUACCAACCUGAAACAGGAACUGACUACGACAUGGCGGACCAGACUGUCGAUGUCAGAGGACUGCAGCAGUGCACAGUGAAUGUGUGUUUGAACCAAGCGUCCUGCUACCAGAGAGGCAGAGCCAGCAUCUGUGUGUGUCCAACUGGAUACACUGGACAGCGCUGCGAGACAGAUGUUGAUGAAUGCCAGUCCUACCCAUGUCGUAAUGGAGCCACCUGUAUGGACGGAGUCAACUCCUUCACCUGUUUGUGUCUACCCAGCUACACAGGAGGGCUCUGUGAACAAGUUUGUAACUGCUCGAGUUCAGGGGCGGACUGA